AUGCUCCUGCCAGCAUACAGGCCGCUGGUUAAAAUCACCAGACCAGCGAAGAAGACAAUCCGUGUGUGGCCAGAGGGGUCGUCAGCGGCACUCCAGGACUGCUUUUCCACCACUGACUGGAGUGUGUUCAGACAGGCGGCCACCUUCAAUGACACCAUAGACCUCCAGGAGUACACAGAGACCAUCACUGCCUACAUGAGGAAAUGCAUGGACGACGUCACGGUCUCCAGAACCAUUUUCACUCGCGCCAACCAGAAACCAUGGCUGACAGGGGAAGUCCACAGACUCCUGAGGGCUCGGAAUGCCGCCUUCAGAGCUGGGGAUGAAGCAGGAAUAAGGAAAGCAAGGGCUAACCUGUCACGAGGUAUCAGAGAGGCCAAGAGACAUUACUCCAGGAGGAUCGCCGAUCGCUUCGCUAACAGCGGAGACACCAGGAACCUGUGGCGAGGGAUCCAGACUAUCAUGGAUUAUAAGCCCACUCCGCAGACCUGUGACAACUCCAUCUCUCUGCUGAAUCAACUGAACGACUUCUUUGCUCGCUUUGAGGCUGACAACAACACCCCAGCACAGAAAACCCCCCUCACCCACCUGGAGACUGAGAAUUCAUAUGUCAGAAUGCUGUUCAUCAACUUCAGCUCAGCAUUCAACACAAUCAUCCCCCAGCAGCUCAUCUACAAACUGGACCGGCUGGGACUCAACACCACCUUGUGCAACUGGCUGCUGGACUUUCUGACAGGGAGACCACAGGCAGUUCGGGUUGGCAGCAACACCUCCAGCACCAUCAUUUUGAACAUGGAGGCCCCCCAGGGAUGUGUGCUGAGCCCCCUCCUCUUCACUCUGCUGAGCCACGACUGCACACCCACAUCCAGCUCAAACCUUUUCAUCAAGUUUGCCGAUGACACGACUGUGGUGGGUCUCAUCAACAAUGAUGAUGAGACCAUCUACCGGAGUGAGGUGAGCCGCCUGGCCACAUGGUGUCAGGACAACAAUCUCCACCUGAACGUGGAGAAGAUGAAGGAGAUUGUUGUGGACUUUAGGAGAGAGCAUUCCCAGCAUGCUCCACUAACCAUCAACGGUGCUGCUGUGGAGAGAGUGAGCAGCACCAAGUUUCUGGGUGUGCAUAUCUCUGAGGACCUCUCCUGGAACAUCAACACCGCAUCACUGGCUAAAAAAGCUCAACGGCGGCUCUACUUCCUCCGCAGACUGAGAAGAGCGAGAGCCCCGACCCCAAUCAUGACCACCUUUUACAGAGGCACUAUUGAGAUCCUCCUGACCAGCUGCAUCACUGUGUGGUACGGCGCCUGCACCGUGUCCUGCUGCAAGACCCUGCAGCGCAUUGUGAGAGCAGCUGAGAGGAUCAUUGCAUCGUCUCCAACAACCACAACAACAACUCCGAUAACCACGACAUCUGUAUCAAUGACAACAUCUGCUGUCACAACAACAUCAUCCCCAACAGUGGCAACUGCAACAACUGAACCAACAACCUCAACAACGUCUCCCACAGCGACAAUAACAACAACUACUCAAAUGACCACAACAACUGCCCCAACAAGCACAACACAUACACCAACAACGACAACUUCCCCAAUGACAACAGCUUCGGCUCCUACAACGACCACUACUCCAUCAUCAACAACCACAACAACUGAACAAACAACAACCACAACUGCCCCAACAACCACAACAAGUGCACAAACAACUACAACAACUUCCCCAACUACACCAACAACUACAACAUCUCCUACAACUACCCCCACCCCAUCACCAACAACCACAACAAGUGUGCCGACAACUACAACAACUUCCACUAUGACCACGACAACGCCAACGACUCCAACAACUACCACCACACUAUCACCAACAACUACCACAACUGCCCAAACAACCACAACAAGUGCACCAACAACAACGACAAGUGCACCAACAACCAAUCCAACUUCCCCAACGACCACAACAGCUCCAACAACUACUACAUCUGCUCCGACAACCACCAUCACACCAUUACCAACAACCACAACAACUGAACAAACAACCACAACUGCCCCAACAACCGCAACAAGUGCACCAACAAUUACUACCAGUACACCGACGACCUCAACAACUGAACAAACAACUACAACAAGUGCACCAACAACAACUACAUCGUCUCCUACAACUACCACUACUUCAUCACCAACAACCACAACAACUGAACAAACAACUGCAACAAGUGCACCAACAACAACUACAUCGUCUCCUACAACUACCACUACUUCAUCACCAACAACCACAACAACUGAACAAACAACAACAACAAGUGAACCAACAACGACAAUAUCUGAACAAAAAACAACCACAAGUGCGCCAACAACUACAACUUCCCCAACGACCACAAGAACAACUCCAACAACCACUACAUCUGCUCCAACAUCCACCACAUCACCACACAACUGCCCCAACAACUACAGCAAGUCCAUCAACAACAACAAGUGCACCAACAACCACCACAAGUGUGCCAACCACUACGACAACUUCUCUAACGACCACAACAACAACUCCAACAACUACCACCACCACACCAUCACCGACAACUACAACAGUGCACCAACCACAACAACUGACCAAACAACAACUACAACAAGUGCACCAACAACAUCGUCUCCUACAACUACCACUACAUCAUCACCAACAACCACAACAACUGAACAAACAACAAGUACAACAAGUGCACCAACUGCAACUACAUCAACUCCUACAACUACCACUACUUCAUCACCAACAACUACAACAAUUGCAGCAACAACUACAUCGUCUCCUACAACUACCACCACACCAUCACCAACAACCACAACUGAACAAACGACAACAACUACAACAAGUGCACCAAUAGCAACUACGUCGUCUCCAACAUCUACCACUACUUCAUCACCAUCAACCGCAACAACUGACCAAACAACUACAACAAGUGCACCGACAACAACUGCAUCGUCUCCUACAACUACCACUACAUUGUCACCAACAACCACAACAACUGAACAAACAACUACAAGUGCACCAACAACAGCUACAUCGUCUCCUACAACUACCACUACUUCAUCGCCAACAACCACAACUGAACAAACACCAACAACUACAACAAGUGCACCGCCAACAACUACAUCAUCUCCUACAACUGCCACUAAUUCAUCACCAACAACCACAACAACUGAACAAACAACAACGAUAACAAUUGCGCCAACAAUGACAAGUGCACCAACAACCACAACAUCUGCAAGUGCACCAACAACUCCAUCAUCUCCUACAAGUACGACUACUUCAUCACCAUCAACCACAACAACUGAACAAACAACAACAACCACAACAAGUGCACCAACAACAACGACAAGUGCACCAACAACCACAACAUCUACAAGUGCAUCAUCAACUGAGCAAACAACAAGUACAACAAGUGCAUCACCAACAACUACAUCGUCUCCUACAACUACCACUACUUCAUCACCAACAACCACAAUAACUGAACAAACAACAACAACCACAACAAGUGCACCAACAACCACAAGAACUGAACAAACAACAACCACAACACGUGUGCCGACAACUACAACAACUUCCCCAAUGACCACAACAACAGCUCCAAUAAUCACGACAUCUCCUCCAACAACUGCCACCACAGCAUCACCAUCAACCACAACAACUGAACAAACGACCAUAUCCACAACAAGUGCACCAACAACAGCAACAAGUGCACCAGGAACCUCAACAACUGAACAAACAAUAACCACAACAAGUGUGCCAACAACAAUGACAAGUGGACCAACAUCUACAACAACUGCACCAACAACUACAUCAGCUACUACAAUUACCACUACUACAUCACUAACCACAACAACUGAACAAACAACAGCCACAACACGUGCGCCGAUAACUACAACAAUUUCCCCAACAACCACAACACCAACUCCAACAACCAUUACAUCUGCUUCAACAACUACCACCACAUCACCAUCAACCACAACAGCUGAACAAACGACCCCAAUUUCCCCAACGAGCACAACAGCUCCAUCUUCCACUACAUCUGCUCCUACCACCACAUCAUCCCCAACAUCCAUAACUGAACGAACAACCACAACAACUACACCAACGACCACAAUAGCAGCUCCAACAACCACUACUUCCUUUCCUGCAACAACCACCACACCAUCAUCAACAAGCACUGAUCAAACAACCACAUCAUCCUCAAUAGCCACAGCAACAGCUCCAACAAUGACCACAUCUCCUUCCACAACUACCACCACAACAUCACCAACAACUGAAUCAACACCUACAACAACUGAACAAACAACUGUAACUUCCCCAUCAACCACAACAUCACCCCCAACAAUUGCAACAACAGCUCCAUCAACUACUACAUCUGCCCCAACAAAUUCUGUUGUCACAACAACAACAUCAGCUACGACAGCUAUAACAACUCCACCAAAAACUUCAUCAACUGCCCCAACAACCACAACAGCACCCACCAUAACAACAUCUGCUCCCACAACUACCACCACAUCAGCCUCAGUAAUAAGCACAACUGCCCCAGCAUCCACAAGUGCACCACCAAGUCCAAUAACUACCCCAACAGAUAUGACAACUGCACAAUUAACCACAUCAUCUCGCACUACGACAACAUCGUCUCCCACAACUAUCACCUCAUCAUCUGCAACUUCCACAACAGGUGUACCAACAAUUACAACAAUUGCACCAACAACUGUUGAAACCACAACAACAUCUGCUUCCACAAUUACCACCACAUCAUCCCCAACAACCACGACAACAGCUCCACCAACCACUACAGGUGCAGAACCAACUGCUGCUGUCACAACUACAACAGUAGAGACAACAACUACAUCAUCCCCGGCCACCACAACUGCACCAAUCACUGCUCCACCAACCACUACAACAGGUGCACCAACAGCCACAACACCUGCACCAACAACACCAACAACAACUGCCCAAACAACCACUACAGCAUCCCCAACAACUACAACAGCCACAACAACUACAACAGCUGCACCAACAACUACAGCAGCUGCACCAACAACUACAGCAGCUGCACCAACAACUACAACAGCUGCACCAACAACAACAACUUCCCAAACAACUACAUCAACUCCUACAACUGCAUCAACUGCCCCAACAACCACGACAACUGUUCCAAUGACAACUAGUACAUCUUCAUCGCCCACAACAACUGCUCCCACAGCUACAACAACCACUCCAGCAGCAACCACAAUUCCUACACCAACAUCGAGUGCCAACCCUCCAACAAUAGUUGCUGCUACAACUACAACUUCCCAGAUGACAACUACAACAACUACAGCAACAACAACAACAACAACAACAGCUGCUCUGAUAACAGUCUACCGAGUCACGUUUCGAUCCGUGCUGGGCAACUUUUCAUUUGACCUGUUGAAUCCGCAAUCUGAUGCUUUUCAGUCCCGAGCCAGCUUGAUAAAAUCACAGCUGGAGCCAUUGUUCCGGAGUAUUUAUUCAUCUUCUUUUAUCUCUUUAGACGUUGUCCAGUUCAGUCCUGGAUCAAUCAUCAACCACAUGGAUAUGAUGUUUUCCACCCCAACCGCUCCUAACGCGACUGCUGUUGGUACAAGUCUCAUGUCUAUGUCUUCAAAUGUCACUGGUUUUGACAUUGAAGGCAGCUCCAUCACCGUUAACUCCACCAACAUUACUACGUCAUCUUCAAGUCGUGUGCAGCACAACAUGACGUUCAUCACCGCCGUCUGCCUGGUACUGCUGCCCUGGCUGCUAUCAACGCAGCACUGACACAUGGAAUCUGAUGCAUUCUUCGCCGCCAUCGUUUCCAUCUUUGUUUUGAAUGUUAUUUAAGGCUUUAACAUAUUGACAGGUUUGUUAAACUUAUAGUACUCUGUGAGGGAAGCAUACAGAUCCUCCACAAGACAGAGAAUCCUAAUGUGGGGCUGAAAAUCAUCUUUACUUAACCAUGUUCAAGCGAGCACAUACAAUGGGUUUCUGGUUUGAGAACUUAUCUUGAAUAUUGUAAAUCAAAAGAAAUUAGCUUCACUUUCGAGACAACUGUAUAUUUAAGAAAUUGUUGACUAGGAUGAGAUUAAAUGUCUUGUAAAUAUCUAUGUAUGUAUGUAUUUAUAUAUAAGUCGAUCUUGCAGUAUUCUAACCUACUUACUGUGUUUCUAUGUGCUAUAUUUAUCAAAAAUAUAUUUGUGUACUCUCUGAACUUUCCUGCAAUUUGUAUCAUUUCUUUCAAAAAUAAAAUUUA